GAGAGCGCGCGAGCGGCACCGGUGCGUGCACGGCGGACAUCGGAAGCGCGCGAUUUGUUUUGUGAGAAAUUAAAAAUGACUGGAAUAUAAUUUCCCAGAUUUAAAAGUGUAUCUGUACGAUAAUGGAGAAAAAACAAAUAAAAGAACGAUAUAAAGGAAUCAUCUGUUCAGCUGGAUACCAAGAUAAGGAUCUUUGGAGCCAAGUUAAGCAUUCGAGUGUGGAUAACUUAGCGCCAUCAUGGAAAGAUGGCAGAUUGCACAUUGCUCAGUCCCAUACAGACUCAUUUAUGCUGGUUGUGGAGUACAGGAAUGGAGUCCAGAAAACGUUCCCGUUGAACGUGAAGGGUGCAACAUAUACACCCACCAACAACACUCGAGCAAUGAUUUUGCUCAAGGAUGGCACAGCAGUUCACAUCAAUAAGGCCCCUGCUUCUGGUCUUGAAAAGAUGAUGGAUGCUAUCGAUGCUUUAGGCAAAAAAGGCAAGACUACAGGGAUUAGUUCUCACUUGAACAGUAAACCUCAGGUAAACAAGACAUCGCCCCCUUGGCUUAAGGAAGUUAUAUCACCUCAGAAGCCCAAACCUUCACGAGAACAAUCAUUGACACCGGGCCGGAGUCGGACGGGUGAUCGGGAGGAAUUCACGGGUGUGAAAACCCCAACCUUUCAUCAGAAGUCAUUUUCUCCAUGGAAAUCCAUCAAACGCAAGACCCCUGAUGAUGAAGUUCUUGAAGUCGGUGACGGCGAAGACACAGAGAAUCUAGGAGCAUCAAUGCUUUUCUCUGAUCAGACAGAUAAGGAGAACAGAUACACACCUACGCCUUGCAGAGGAGAAAGGCAGGGUGUGCUGCAGAAGAGGAUGAAAUCCGGGGGCUCCAUAUUCCUAGAAUCGUUUGAGGAGAAGCAAAAGGGAAUGAGUGAAAACAAGAAGAAAGGUCCGAAUUCAGCCAUGGCUGUGUCUCAUAAUUUCUAUUCCCGUGGCAGACAAAUGUCAAAUUAUGGAACAAGUGAUCUCUUCUCACGAACUCCAUCUCUAAGCAGUAGAUCACAGUCUGAAGAACCAGGCAAGAAGACAACUCCUGGGUUUCUUGUCUCAAAGUCCAACAAUGUACCAAGGUCAAAGUUCAACUUCAAGACCUGGAACAAACCAAGCGGGAUGGAGUCAUCUCAGAGAAACCUGCAAGGAUUCUCUAACCUCGGUAACACCUGUUACAUGAAUGCAAUCCUGCAGUCGUUAUUGGGUUUACAAUGCUUCAUCCAAGAUCUUCAGCAUAUACCUCUCAUCAAAGUCUUGCCUAAAUCUAGCCUCUAUAGGGCCCUGUCUCGGCUGCUCUACUCAAAGCAAGGCAACAAAGGAAGCAGUGAGAUUGAGUUACGCCUCCAGAGUGUCAAGGCUGCAAUAUCGGCAACUGCCACAAGAUUCUCAGGAUUCAUGCAACAUGAUGCCCAUGAGUUCCUCUGCCAGUGCCUAGAUCAGCUCAAAGAAGAUGUGGAACGAGUAAACAAUCCAAAGACGGACAAAGACAUUCAAGAGGCUGUGUCCCCUCCCAGCCAAGUGGUACCUUCCAAUCAGUCAGAGGACAAACCCAAGUUUGCAUGUGCUGUCAGUCAGAACUUUGAACUGGAAGUAGAACAUUCCAUUCUGUGUCAGGAGUGUGGAGAGGAAAUAAGCAAGAAGGAGACUUUCAAUGAUCUCUCACUGGACCUUCCAAGGACGUGUGAGCCCUUUUCAUUGCAGACGGCUCUAGAUAGCUUCUGUGCAUCCGAGAAACUAGAAUACGCCUGUGCAAAAUGUGACUGCAAAGAAGCUAAGGUGUGCCACAAAUUCACCAAACUUCCCAGAGUUCUUAUCCUCCAUCUCAAACGUUACACCUACGACUCGGAUGCCUCUCUAGACAGCAAGCUCAGGUCAAGUGUUGUCAUCCCACGCUUCCUGACAUUGGCCUUUCACACCACGAAGAAUACUGCCCCACCGCCAGCAAGAUCAAACCACACACAAGCUUAUCAUGUUCCGUUGUCACCUCUACGAGACAACAUUGGGACACCUUUCAACCACAGCAGUCCUGAUGAGAAAGGAGAUGGUAGUAGCAUCAGGAAGAAGCUGGACUAUGAGAGUACCAGGUCUGGCUUCAAGUUCAACCGGGGACGUUUGGCAUCGGAUUCUGCUAAGAAAGGAUCUGAACACUUCAUCAGUCGGUUUGAAACAGAUAUACAAGAUAGUAGUAAAUCUGAAAAGUCCAACAAUGAAAACUUCAUAGAGAUGGAUGAGGAAGAACAGCUUGCACGUGCCUUGGAGCUGAGUCGCCAGGAAGCAGAGGCAAGUCUUAAAAGGAAGCCUGAUGAGGUUGCUAUAGAUGACUUUACGGAUGAAGAAUUGGCAAAGGCCCUUAACGAUUCCAUGGAGGCCGAAGAAAAGAGAGAAAAGUCCAAGGAGGAGGGCCAAGAUAGUGAUGAUGAUCUUCCAGUUGGUUUGAUUGAGGAUCCAGAACUAAGUGACAUGGAGAGAGUGCUCUAUCUUAGCAAGAAAUCUCAUCAAGAAGAGCAUGGAUUGAACGAGGAUGCAGGACUUACUGACCUUGAGAGGGCGCUCCACUUGAGCAAGAGAACUCACGAGGAAGAGCUCAAGAGGCAAGGUGCUGUCAACGGAGAAGGGCCUGUAGGAACCCUUACGAAUGGUGGCCUUCUCGGAGGUGCUAGGAGAAAGUUUGCUGGAAAAUCCACUACUCAGGGUUCUGAAAAGUGCAAUUCGAUGGGAAAUGUAGGCAAUUCUUACACGAGAGAGGGUGGGAAAUAUGCAGGAAGGGAUCCUGGUAAGGAGGAUGGAGAUUCGGUCCAAGAAGGCAAUGGCUUGCUUGGUGGAGCCAAAAGAUAUCAUCAGCAACGCUCGGCGUUUGCUACGGAUGAGCCAAUGGACACUGAGGAUGACCAACCCAUUGCGUUUUCCUUAGACAGUACUUCCGAUGAGGACCCAACUCAACCUAGCAUGUGGGACUCGGACACCAAUCAAAUUGGACAGAAAUUAAAAGAGCUUUCCCGUCUACAUGCAUCUCAUAUCUUGCCACCAAGGGAAAGCAGUCCGGACAUUGUAAACCUGGUGUCUUCUGAUGAAGACAUCCUUCGUCAUCCAGGCAAGGUCAACGGCAAGAGCAUUGACAAUGUCGCUUUAUCAAAGACACCAAACAAGGUCAGUGCCACUAGUGUCGAUGAUAGCGGUUUAUCAAAGACACCAAACAAGGUCAGUGCCACUAGUGUCGAUGAUAGCGGUUUAUCAAAGACACCUGACCACAGAACUGAAGGUCUCGUCAAUACCAGUAGUCAUCGCCAAACUUCAUCUUGCAGCAAACCCAGAAGCAUUCUGAAUUCUCCAUUGACAAAUGUGCCAAAGAGUGAGACCAAAUUCAAUCCCAAUGAUAAAUCUCUUGAGGGAAAUAGGGCUGACCUGUGGAAGCCGUACAAUAAUUUGAAAAAGAACAUCUUCCAGCAGUUUCCCUCCUCUGAUGAGACUAGGGCAGAUGAGGAAAAGAAAGAUGAUGAUGAUGAUGGAGAUGGAGAUGAUAUCCUUGGAGAGGUAAAAGAAGAAAGGAAGCUCAGCUAUGACGAGAUGAAAGCCAAGGAGGAGGAAGAUAUUAGGAAAGCUACAGAGCUCAGUAUGCAAGAGGUAAAGGAUCUUUCUGAGAGAGAAGCAGCUGAGAUAUUGAGAGCACAAGAAAUGAGUCUCCAGGAUCUGCAUGAAAGACAAGGUAUGACCCCAAACAAAACCCAAGCCAGAGCUGAUUCUAAACCAACAUCACCAGUCUAUUCCAAGGAAGAAACAGAAAUGCUCUCUAAACAUUCUGAGCUUGGCCAUCUGAACAAUGCCUAUCGUCUUGUCUCCAUCGUGAGCCAUAUCGGAAGUACGUCAAUGACUGGACACUAUAUCAGUGACGUCUAUGAUGUUGAGAAGAAAUGCUGGCUAAGUUACGACGAUUCAACGGUGAUGAAGAGAGAUGAGAGAAGCCUACGCGAGGAGAGGAGAAGAACAGGAUACAUCUUUUUUUACCAUGCUAAAGAGUUCCUUUGAAGAAGAAUUUCACUGUUUUCACGAACUCCACAUUGUAGGACAAGGCCGGAAUGCUGCCAAUACUCCAUGAUCGACUUAGAAAGGAGGAAUGUACAAUCAGAUACAACUUAUUUAAACCUUGAUAAAGAGUUCAACCUGAAACUUUUUGGACAACCUUGCCCUGGGUGGACAAGGUCUCUAUAAUGAAUCAAAGAGUUGCCAGCGGUCACCAAUGGACUCUGAAGGGAGUGAUGAACAACCAGAUACAACUCAUUUUACCUCAGAAAACUUAACUAACUCGGCACUGGUCAGCAAGACCUCAUAACGGUGUGAUUUACAAAGCCACCCUCCCCAGAUGCCAUCAGAAGAGAGAGAAUGACUUCUUCAUUUCCCUUGAAAGGUGCUUUUGUAAACCAAAUUACAAACUCUUUUUGAGAAACACCCACCUGGAUAAGUAAGGCCAGAUAAUGUUUUACAUGAUUAAAAAGCUGCCAAUCCUUCUUGAUCAAUUGCUUUUACCUCGCUGAAGAUUUUCUGUUUAAACGAAACUGGAAACCUAAAGUCAUGAAUUUUACAGCAUUAUCCGAGUGCAUUUUGUAAAUUUGAUGCAAAAUGUUAGUCCUGUUAGGGCUAACGCUUUAUCACAUUAUACUAAAUGAUGAAUCUGUAAAUGUGUUGCAUUUUCUUUGGAUGUUCAUGUUCAUGUUCAUGAAGAUUGAUAUACUAAUGAUUAUAUGAUGUUUGUCUUGAAGGCGUAGCAUGUGCGCUGUGGCGUCAGCGGCGUCCACAUCAAAUCUUCAUCUAGGUGAAGUUUUUUAAAUGUCAUGAUUAUUUUGAAAUGUAUGAGGAUCUAUUUCGUUGAAUUUGGGCAUUAAGAUAAUCAAGUGUCACCGACCAUUUGGCAUGAGGUUCAGGUCAUGUGAUUAAGGUCAGAAGUCGACAGCAUCAAUUAUUUUUAUUUCUUGUCUGAAGGCGAGACUUGGGGAUCUUCAUUUGGUACUAGAUGGAUCACCAGUAAUGCAUAAGAUAAAACAAAUCAUGUGCAGUGUUACAAACAGCUUUAUGAAAAGACUCUUGUUCAUGACUUGAUAUAUCAAAUUCAUCAAUCAACUUUGAUGCAGACUCUUGGCCCCAUGGAUGAUUAUAGAAAUGUUAUUUUCCAUCAGGUUGCCUAACUACGUCCGAGGUUUUCGUCUUGCCUACAUAGCAGAAGCAAGACAUAGUCGCUGCUUACAAUGGUUUUGGCAAUGCCAGCAUCAUCAACAACAAAUCUUAACCAAGGUUAAGUUUUUGAAAUGCCAUCAUAACUUUUACAAGAUAUAACGGCCUUCUGCAUGUCUUUCAUAAGACUUUGACAUAAGGCGAAUCAAGUGUCACUGAUCAUGUGACAUCGAGAUAAUUGAACUUUGAUCAUUAAUGCUGUGUUAUCAAUAUCAUAUUCCAUGAAAUUUACCUAUUAUAAUUAUCAAGUAUCAGCAAAUAAAUGUGUUAUUUCAGGUCACUAGGACAAAGUCAAAGGUCAUUGGGGGUCAGUAAACUGGUAUCAAGUAAAACAAAUUCAACCCAAGGCUAAUUUGAAUAUUUAAGAUAUUUUGAAAUCUUAAGUCAAUAAUUAUUCAGUUAAACUUGAUGAUUAUUAGGUCUCGGCUAUUACGAGGGUAACGAGAGCAGGACGAGAGGUCAUUGGAUCAAGGUAAAAUGUCACUUCAGAUUUUAAAUGUCACUUCAAAUUUAUUGCUCCAACUGUAUUCUGUUCAUUAUUUCAAAAGUAUUUAGUCAGAUUAAUUGAUACUUGUAUGAGAUGUUUAUAAGAUAUCAUAAACAAUAUUUAAACUAAAAUGAAUGUGUGCUCUCCUGUCAAAAUGUAAGGCAGUGGGAAGUCAAUGAACUUUGAUUUAUUAUCAAAUAAAUAAUAGAAAUAUGUUUAUAACUUUGUAAAAAUAUUAAUCCUAUUUGUUCUCAUAAUCCAUGAAGCUUGUGUAAAGGAGUAUUGAUUUCCCCAGGCCAAUAAGAGUGGCAUUGCUUCCUUCAUGACCUUGGGUGAUUGCAUUGUACAUUCAAAGGUUAAAUUAAAAAGAGAAAAUAUUUGAUAUGUCAAUGUCACAAGGUCAGCUUUGCUGCUAUGUGUCAUGAUUGCAUAAUGAUAUUGGUCAAAAUAAAGUACUCAAAAGUGUUUAAAAAAAAAGAACAGUAAAAUACAGAACAAUAGGAUACCUUAGAAUAAAUUCAUAAAACAAUAAGAUAAAAGAAUAAUUUUUUGUUCAAUGUUAACAAGGCUUCUAGGAUACAUUAAAAAAAAAAAAUUCAUAAGAAGCUUUGUUUAUGAAGUGAUUAAAGGAAAACACAAUUUAUGCAUAUCGUUUGCAUAAAUCAUCACUAAUUAAAAAAACAAUUUUUGUGAAAUUUGUACCCAUAUUUAUCUCUCUGUGCUAUUAGGCGUGUGCAGAUUUUUGCGGCAUUUGGCUCCUUCAGGGCCGAGAUCUGAGUAUUUCAUGGAGCGAAAUAGCCCAGUUCAGUAAGGGUUUAUCGGGUACCAUGAAUCAUAAGUAUAAGUCCCUUUUCCAUAGAACUUUCAUAUAAUAAUGGUUAUCAACAGAUGUAUGAAUGAAAAUUCAUGUCACUAGGAGAAGUUUAAAGUUUAUUUGAAUUGCAGAUACCGUCUUAUAAAAUUGUACUAAAGGUUAGGCUUUUCAAUUUUCAAAUUGAUUUUGAAACUAUUUAAAAUCAUAAAUAUGAAUAAUAACUUAGAUGAUUAUAGAUUCAGGUUACUGGGUCAAGGUCAGCGGUCAUUUCAGAUCAAUUUACUAGGAUAAGAAUUGAUAACUUACAAUUACAUGUAAGAUUGGUAAUUCAUCAAAGAGAGAUAGAAAAAAAAGGUAUGCACCGUUUCAAUUUAUAUAACUUUAAUCUGAUCAAAUAAUAUUUGAUCAGAUUAAAUGAAAUUUAUAUGAAUUGAAAGUUGUGAAUAUUUUUGUUUCUGUCUCUCUCUCUCUCUGAAAAAUUAUCUUACAGGCAAUAAUGCCAGAGGUUUUUCCACUUGUUUAGUUUUAUCAAAGAGGCUGCAUUCCAAUAUUAUUCCAUGUACUAACAAAUAUGCAUUUUUUUUUUGGGGGGGGGAUUGCAAAAUUACAGACUUAGCCAGCUUUAAAUAACAAUUUAAGCCGAGGCUAAUUCAAUAAUAUUUCCAACAUGCAGACAAUUAUGUUGUACAAUCCUAUUAAAGCUACAAACAUGAAGGCAUUAAAAUGAUGGUAGACCCAUAUGUAUAAUAUCAUGUGAGUUAAAUACUUAUGAAUUGCAUCAUGUUGUUGUUUUGUUUUACAUUUUGUUUCUCAUUGAUCUGAAUGCUCAUGUACAAAAAAUAUAGGCCUAUUAAGAUGUUUAUGAGAUAUUGUACUGAAUAACAUGCACAAGAAUUAAA